AUGAUUAAUACUAAUAUUACUAAUAAUGAAAAUAAUAAAAUAACAAAUAAUUCAAAAUAUUUACCAUUUAAUAUUCAAUGGCUUGAUUCAAGUUAUCAACAAACAUGUUUAUCUGAUAGUCCAUGGCAAAAGAUUCUCAAUAAUCUUGAACCAAUUGUAGCAAAUAGAGCACGUGAACAAUUUAAUAAUCGUCAACGUCGUCAAAUACUUAUUGAAUUACUUGGUACACAAUUUCAAUGGAAAUUAUUUCCCACGGAACCUGAUAUUCCUUAUAUAUUAAUUCCACCUUAUAUGCUUGAAGAAGAUCGACAUAAACUUGAAAAUGAAGCAAAAUCAUGGCUACAAAUACAAGUCUUUAAAGCAGCAGUUGAGAUAGGAGCAACUGUAACAGAAGAUCAAGAUAUUAAUCAAUUAUCAAAUGAUAUGAAAAAUUUUCUUGAAUAUACAUAUGAAAUAGUAUCGAAAUCAUUUGAACGUUAUUUAUAUCAAAUACAAUAUAAAGAAGAAAUUAUGAAACAAGAAGAAAAAUUACAAGAAAGAAAUAAGAUAAAAAAUCAAAAUGAAUUAUUUAGUCAUUCAAAAUUUCGUUCGAUUCUUCGAGAUUCACAAACUAAUUCAAAAAAAUUACCAAUCAUUAAUGAAUUGAUUUCAGCUUCUUCUCAUCCUAUGUCAUCUCAAUAUAGUGAUAUAAUAUCAAAAUCUAUUAUUGCAUUACUUAAAUGUGAUUUACGUCGUGUAAUAUUUAUAAAAGAAAAAUUAUUUGGUCAACAAUUACCAAUUAUACUUCGACAAUUUAUUUGGACAGAAUGUUUAUUACGAUUUGAAAAAAAACUAUUUGAUAAUGAUCUUAGUUUUGUUGAAUUUCAAAUAAGACGAGAUUUUGCUACUGGUGUAACACGAGGAAAAAAUGAGCUUAAAUUAAAAAGUCCAUUAAAUACACCAGUAACAAAUCUUAUUGAAAAUGCUGUUAUUGAAACAUAUAGUAAAAUUCAUGCAUUACAUCCAUAUCUUGAAGAACAACAUUUAAGAUUUACAAUAAAAAUUUUAAAUGUUCUUUAUACAUAUAGAAAAGAUUAUAAAUCUUAUUUUAUAUAUUGGUUAUUACCAUUUCAAUUAUCUUAUAAUAAUAAUAAUAAUGAUGGAAAUAAAAAUGAAGAACUUUAUGUUAUUGCAAUGCAUUUAAAUUUAUUUAUUCGUCAUUGUUUUCCUCAAUGGUCAAAUAUAUUUUCAAUAGCAAAUGAAAUAAUGGUUGAUUUAUCUAUAAAUGAUCAAGAAUUUUAUCAACAUUUAAAAUCAAUAUCAAAUAUACGUAAAAAAAUUAAUCCUAAAGAUUUCAUUCAAGAAAUUAUAUCAUUAGAAAAUAAACAAACUAGUAAUCCUAUACAAUAUACAAAUGAUUUAAUAUCUGAUCCAGUUAUAUUUCUUCGAAAAUGGAUAAGUCAAAUGUUUGUUGGUAUACUUAAUUGUAAUUCUGUACUUUAUUUAUGGGAUCAAUUUUUUAUGAUAAAAUGGAAUAGAAUUUAUAUUAAACAUGCAAUAAAAGCAAUAUUAUAUUUAUUACGUAAUCGUUUUAUGUAUGCAAUAGAUUAUAAUGAUAUGAGAAAAAUUUUUUUGGAUGAACCUUAUCUUCUAUAUACAUCAAAUAUUCAAACAGCUUUUGUUCAUCUUGCUAUUAAAAAUAAUGAUCCAAAAUAUAUUCCAGAUAUGAAUCAACGUUUAUAUCCAUCGAAAUUAAUAAAUAAUACUCGAUUUAUUACAAAUAAACAAAAAACAUAUUUAGAAACAAUGGGUAUAAAAAAUAUUUCAUUAAGUUUAAUUAUACCUAUGAGUCAAAAUUUUCAACAAGAAUUUCAAUAUAAAUCAUUAAUAGUUGAAAUUCAAGUAUAUGAAGAUACAGAAAUAUUAAAAAUUAUUUCAACAAAAUCAGUUCCUAUUAUUCAAGAAAAACAACAGUCAAUGUAUAAAUGGCAGAAAAUUACAAUUGAUAUACCAAAUGAAAAAUUAAUUAUAUCAAUUCAACAAACUCGUCAAUCAUUUAUACCUACUCGUAUUCAAGCGCUUGUUCUUAUUCAUCAACGAUUAGAUACUGUUACUCUAAAAACUCUCGGUUAUUGUCGUUUUCCAUUGUAUAUUCCACAGAAAAUUGGUAAUUUAGAUACAUGGGAGGUGACAUUUGGACCAGUAAAACGUGCUUUACAUUCUGGUAUACCUCCACCUUCGAUCGAUAUGAUAUCCGAUAUACCUAAACCAUCUGUAGCCAAUACAAUUGGUCCAGGUUCAAGCAUUUCUCUCGUUAUUUUUGAUCCGAAAACUGAACAAUAUUCUCAUCUAAUUUAA